AUGGGAAGUUGGCCUGAUGGAAAACGGAUUGGCUGUCGGGUGGAGGAACAAAUCCAACCACGCUCAACCUCUAACUUGGAACCUAGAAGAAACCCAGCAAUGGAAGGGUGCUUCACAAUGCAGCGGAAUGUUGUGAAGAUUGACGUAGGAAACAAAAAUCUCUUCAACCCAUUCCGCUGCAUUCCGAAGCACCUCUUCCAUUGCUGGUGCUUUCUAUGGUCCAAGUUAGAGGACGCCUUGGUUGAGCAGAGCUCCCAAGGCCAAUUCACUCCAGAGGGUCGCCAGGAUAUUCUUGCUGCUGCAAUUGGACGACCUGAGCACCCUGGACGUGUACGUGCUGCAGGUCCUGGAGUAGGAAUUACGGAUUAUUUUGGGAGCUCUUCUCGUCAGCCUUCAUAUUCGUACAGCGAUACACAAAGGAUGACAGAAGAGAUCACAAAAAAGGUCCGACAAGACCUUAUGCAGGAGAUCAGGGCCGAGGUGAGGGCUGAAUUCCAGAUGCUCUACCAGGAGCAGUUUCAGAGCAUGCGCCCGAUGCAGUCUCCUAUAGAGGAACAUGUGGUCCCUCCCCCUCCCACAGGGAGAAGCGGCAAAGGAAGUUGUUCCGCAUCAGCCAUCCCAGAGGAUGACAUGGACGAUGGUAGUCCAUGUCUGCUAUACAUUUUAGAAGAAGAUGAGAUGGUGCUGGUAGCUCGUGGAACAGAGUUUAGGUCAGCGACUGUAUGUCAUGGUAUGCAACUAUUAGAGGAUGAGGUGAAGGUCUCAGUGGAUGAAAUGAUCAUGCCAGAUGCCUCGGUUCCACUGUCCACGGAAGAGAUUUUCACUGUGGAACAAGCAUAUAAGUCGUUUAUCACUUGGCCUAAAUUUUUGGUUAAACCAGUUUCUGACCCCUCGGUAUGAAAUUCUUCUUUACACUUCUCAAUUUUAAAGGUUUUUGAUGUCAAAACUUAUCUUAUCUUUUCAUGUAACAACAGACGCAGGAACAACAGAAGAUUCCUC